UAGGAUUGCCGCGCCUUCUCCUCCCCCGUCACAUACUCACAUCCCUACGGCACGCGCACGCCGCGUCGACCACUCUGUCCCCGUCGUCACGGCAUCACACUCGAACGCCUCCGGCUCGCUCCCCCUGACUGGGAUAUAUAUAGGUGCGUGCGAGCUCGAUCGAGAGUGCCCGCUUGAUCCAUCGACGAGCACCAACCCGGGGGUUCAGUUCGGUCCAGCAACAUGGCGCAUGAUUCCGACCAAGGCGCCGCGCGCCCGUCGCGGCGGAGCGGCGGCGACGUCGCCGCCGACGCUCCCGCGCCGCCCAAGUCGGCCGCGGCGGGCGCCAUGACGCUCGGCAGCAUCUUCACCGUGGCGGGCAUCGUCCUGGUCUUCGUCGUCUUUGCAAUCGUCCUCCUCUCGCUCCAGUACUGCUUCAACGCCUGGGACAGAGGGGAGCUCUCGGAAGACGCGCCGAGCGCGCGGCGGCGGCGGCGCCAUGGCGGUAGUGGUCGUGGGAUCCGGGCGAGGACCAGGGGCGGCGUCGACCCGGAGCUGCUGCGCUCGCUGCCGGUCACGGUGUACCGCGCGGCGGCCGCGGGUUCCAAGGGGGCGGAGGAGGAGGGCACGGUGGAGUGCGCCGUGUGCCUCGCGGAGCUCGAGGACGGCGAGGCGGCGCGGUUCCUGCCCCGCUGCGGACACGGCUUCCACGCCGAGUGCGUCGACACGUGGCUCGCGUCCCACACCACCUGCCCGCUCUGCCGCCUCACCGUCGCCAAGCCCGACGCGCCGCCGUGCUCGGCGCUUCUCCCUCCGGUGCCGCCGGAGCCCGCGAGCUACGCCGCUUCGACCCUGCCCGCCAGCGUGCUCCUCGGGGUGCCCGACCAGGGCGCGGGCACCAUGGCCACCGACGGGGACGCGGGCGCCUCCACCGGCGCCACGGGAGCCCUGGCGAUCCAGAUCCCGGAGCCGGCCGUGCCGGCGCCUGCUCCGCCCAACGCCGCCAAGUCGCCGGGCUCAGCUAGGCUGAGAUCGUCGUUCAGGAGGCUGUGGAGCUUCGGAAGGCAAGGGGCGGGGGCGAGCUCCUCCUGCUCAUGCGCCGGUGCCGGCGAAGGAGCCGACCUGGAGCAGGGCGUCAGCGUUACCACCGACCGGCAGGAGAGCCGCACCAAUCUUCAGAGCUCUCUGUAAUAGCGCACAUGUAUAUUCAGUAUAGCAUUUCUUUUAGUUUUAGAAUAUGUAAAUUAUUUUUUAUUUAUUCUUAGUUUUCACGCUUCCUUCCGAUGAAUUGUUCAUCGUUCUCCGUUCAUCCGUCAAGGAGCAACGAAAAGGUUGUCCUUUAUUUUUUCAGAAAAUAAAAUUUUUUGUCUGAAUAACCUCUUAAA